UUCUGCAAAACUAACGUAAUUUGAUCGCUUUUUGGCUUGCAAUAAAAUACUAAUGGUCAAGUUUUUAAUGUUUUAACACGCAAAAAAAUUGCACUUGAUUGAAAUAACUAUUUCUAUAGUCGAUGUAACCAUCUUAUCUAUCGUUGAUUCAAUCCUAAUUUUUGUUUAAUUCUAACCGUUCUCAUGCUAGAAUGAAACAUAUUUAUUAUUGAAAUCACAGUAGAUAUUCGCCAACUGCCAUAUCAUCAAAUCAACAAUAUGCUUAGUUGUUUUUAGCUCAGUGUAUUGUUAGGUCAACCAGAAGUUUGAAAUAACUCAUAACUCAUAUUUUUUCCAUCAUGGCGGCUGAAGAAGAAAAUUUUGCCGAAGAGUAUUUGGAGCUUGUAAUUGAUAUAGAGUUGGAGAGGCUAUUAAAGUCGUUUGAAUUGAGCACCCCGGCUGUGGAAGAAUUUAUCACAAAUGGCUAUGAUAUUUCAGCACUCAAAGUGAUAGAGCGUGAAGAAGUGGAAGCUGUACUAGCUCCACCUUUGCUAGCGGACAGAACUCGAUGUAUCAACGGAUUGAACAAGUGGCGUAUUUCUAUGGGUUUACGACCGGUGACGACUCCAUUGAAAAGCAGUAAUUCACCGGAGCCAGGUUGUUCCUAUCCACCAAAAACCGCAAUCGGGAACAUACCACGAAACCAAUGGACUUCGCAGGCUUUAAUUAAUAGGUCAAAGAAAGGCAGAUUGAUUUUAGAAGCAUUCCAAACAUCCAAAGUCCUCUCUAGAAAGGAUCGCAUCUUUAUCACCCAUCUAAUUGUAGAUGAGUUUGUGGAUGAAUUCGGAAAACUAACGCGCGAGGAACUAUCUCUUCGUUCCGCAGAGCUGAAGUGCAUUUUUCCGACAGUUGAAGAGCUGCAAUCCAGCAUUUCGCGCGCGGUAAUGACUGCCGUUUUUGACAUUUUUUUGGCAGCCAAGUGUCAAAAAACGGCAGCCGUAACCGUGCGCGAAAUGCUGGAUACGCAAAGCAAAGACAUUUCUAAUCUCAGUUAUCUUUCAUACCUUCGUGAACCUUCAUCCUAUCGUGAUGGAAGCGGUAAGAAGGUCAAGUUGGGACGUGUUGCUAAGGGCUGCUUAUUCGACCGUAAUUACAACUAUCGCCGUGUACCAGCGGUUCCCGCGCCGUUAUCGGAAUACGGUGAGCAAUCUUCGAGAGCAGUGCAAUCAUUAACCGACGCUAUUACGGCAGAAUCAGUGGCAGAGUAUCAAGAAACGAAAGUUUGGUUUCAACACCAUCAGGAUGAGUGGGACGAUAUCAAAAAGCGAUGGAAAGCAACUAGUGCAGUACGUUUGCACGAAAUUGGCAAGCUUGAGCAAAUCACCUACCAACAUCUUCUUGACGAAUACCCGAUACUCAAGAAUACUGGUGGAUAUCAGCUGGUUAAAUUGGAUUUCACCUUUAAGCAUCCAACGAAGAGUGACUUAUUGUUCAACAAAUUUUCGGGUUUUCGUGAUCGUGCUAAAAAUUUAUUCCGCAACGAAAUACCGGUGCAAGGAAGAUCACUUUUUGCCUUGCUAGACAGGGAGCUGUCGGAUGAUUCGAGAGAUUGUAUCACUAUCUUGCUAGUGUUUUACAUAUGGCCCAGUACCGUCACGCGCCUUCCGAAUGGAAAUAAAUGGAAGCCAUCCCUACAGGAGUGUAGAGAAAGCAGCAUCCUUCAUUUGAAAAGCUUGGCUGAUUACGAAACGGAACUUUCGAGACUCGGUCGCCUAAAUUUCGAGGGAUUACCUGAUCACCCUGUAAUCGUCGUAGUAGGUGCCACAAUUGACCACAUCAAUCAGUUCUUCGUAAGCUACAAGGACAUAGCUUAUAGAGCGGAAACAUUCCUGAAAGCACUGGACGUCGUGUUCAAAAUAUACACUGCAUACGCCUUACGUUUCCCCAUCGAAACAUCUGGUCCAUGGAAUUUCAUCGCAUACACUUUGUUCGACUUUGAGCCCCCCGAGGAUACAAACAAAGCAAGAGUGUUGACACUGGCCGCAACCCUUCGUAUCCAACUGCCAGCACAAUGAUUUCGUGCUUCAUUACCGGGUGCCAAUGGAAGACCACAUGUGCAAUGCUUCUCGGUACACAUCUUCGUAGAAUUCAUGAGCCUAUUGACGUUUACAGUUGCAAUGUUCCGAACUGUGAAAGGCGAUUUAGUGUACGAGCUUCUUUUAUUUGCCACAUCAAAAAACAUAUUCGAAAUGAAAAAAUCGAAAAUAUCUCUGUAGAGGCCAUGGGCUCAGCAAUCUGCGAUGAAAAAUCGCUACAGGACCGAAUAAUAUUAUCAGAUAUAGAUGUACAUAGAGAACAGCCCAUUAGUAUAAAAUCCAAUCAGGUUUUGGAAGAGAAAAUGAAAGAAGUAGAAGAGUUAAUUAGCGUAGAGAAAAUUCAGCAAGAAAUGAGUCGUCUAAACAUUAUUGGUUUGAACUUGAAGUGGUUGAAUAAGGAUACGGUACCCAGGAAAUUAGUAUUUGAAUUCCAAGAUGACGUACGGGCGAACGUAGCUAGUCCGUUAUUUGAAAUAUUAGAUAUAAUGACUAACACUGGCAUGAUCCCAACUACUACUAGUGCAAUGCUGAAAUCUGUCGUUUCAGUACUCAACUUCUCUCAAACGGAAUAUAAAUUUGUACGUCAGUUAAAACAAUUAGGGUUAU